UAUAAACUUGUCUAUGGAAAUACAGAACGGAAUCUUGUAAAAGAUUAGGCCAUUUCAUAAAACAAAUGUAUAGUAACUCGCAGAAAAUAUCCUCGGGACAGUUGUAUUUAUUUCAGCUUUGCAUUUUAUUUUAAAUUGAAUCGUGAACCGCAUUGUAGGUCAAUUGAAAAGGAUUCGUCUUCAACUCUUGCGGAAGGGUUAGCAGUCUCGAUUCUGCAAUAGAAAAGAUUUGCAUUAAGAGGAGACAAGGUUACAGUGUAAGCUGACAUUGGUUUGCAUUUCACUGGAAGUUACGGAACCUUGAGCUCUCGGGAUUAGGAUGUCAGUGCUGAAUCAGAGUGGAGAAGAGCAGGUGGAAUGCCCCUUGUGUAUGGAACCUCUGGAGGUGGACGACCUUCACUUCUACCCGUGCACAUGUGGUUAUCAAAUAUGUCGGUUUUGCUGGAACCGCAUACGGGAAGGCGAGAACGGCCUCUGUCCGGCGUGUCGGAAGGCGUACCCGGAGAACCCUGCAGACUUCACUCCGCUCAGUCAAGAGCAGGUGGCGGCAAUAAAGACGGAGAAGAAGGCUCGCGAGCAGAAGCGGCGCAACAAGACGAUGGAGUCGCGGCGCGCGCUCGCCAACGUGCGCGUCGUACAGAACAACCUCGUGUUCGUCGUGGGGCUGCCCGUCCGCCUCGCCGACCCAGAGAUUCUCAAACGGCAAGAGUACUUUGGCAAAUAUGGAAAAAUUCACAAAGUAGUUAUAAACCAAAGUACUGCAUAUGCAGGGACACAGGGCCCGUCGGCGUCGGCGUACGUGACGUACGUGUCACCGGCGGACGCGUUGCGAGCCAUCCAGGGCGUCAACAACGUGACGCUCGACGGCCGCGUGCUCAAGGGCUCGCUCGGGACCACCAAGUACUGCGCCAACUUCAUGAAAAACCAGCCCUGUCCCAAGCCGGACUGCAUGUAUCUGCACGAGCUAGGUGAUCCAAAGGCAUCAUUUACUAAGGAGGAGAUGCAUGCAGGCCUUCAUCAAGUCUACGAACGCAAGCUCCACAAUCAGUUAUCACAGGCGCAGCGGGAUAAACCUGAUGACAAACAAUGUAAUAAUAGUUCAGGUAACUCUAGUACGAGCGCAGAAAAAGGCAGUUCAAAAGAUGGUAAUCAGUCGAACGUUACACCGACAUUAGUGGUCACAUCAUCUAAUAUAAACAUAGUCAAUUCAUCUAAUAGCAGUGGUAGCAGUGCAAGCGGCAGCGAUAAAGGUAGCGGUAAUGGAACGAAUGGAAUUGGCAAUGGUAGUGGAAAAGAAGCGUGGCCUAGCCUCGGUUCCUCGCCACCAUCAGACAGUCCAGCCAGAAAACAGCCCAGUCCUAAGCCACAACAGUCUACAGUUAAGUCACAAGAAAACGGCACAUCAGAAUCCUCAAGUCCCACACUCACACAACAACAGGCUCAAACGAAACAAAACAACAAGGAGCACACAGAGAACAAAACGAACAGAAGCAAUAAGGAUAACAGCACAAAUGGACCAACAAAAAAGAGUAAAUCCGAGAAAAAACAAAAGAGUAGCAAUAAUAGUAUAAACGAAAUCGAAACAGAAACGGAACCACAGCCAAAACCCGCAGAGAACAGCACACAAGAACAAUCAGUGUUCGAAAACGAGAAUCACACAAGUUAUUUAUCAAAUGAAUUGAACGAAUUGGAAUCAGAUAGACACAGCCUGCUAGAGAAUCACGACUUGUUAGACAAUAGUGACCACGGCCUCUUAGAAGACGACGACAGCCAUAACCUUCUUAACGAUAGCAACAAUGAUGUGAUCAUGAUGUUGAGGCACAAAGAAAUGUUUGCAGGCUUAGUGGAUAGUAAUAAUUUACCGCCGCAUAUGAAGAGCCCUAUAUUAAAUGGUUACGGUAUAUUAGACAGGGAUACAGUCAGUUAUCUAGGUAAUGAUAGACAGAUUAAUCAAAUUAGUCAAAAAAUAACACUUCCCAAGGAUAUGAGAAGGGAAGAACUGAAUAGAAAUGAAAUGCUAAUGAGACAGAACGAACUGUUGGCGAGACAGCGCAGCGCGAUAGAGCACAAACACUAUCUACCCGCUUCUAGUAUAGGACUCGAGUCUUCUAGUGAAAUGUUAGGUGCUAAUUAUCAUCCAAAUCCCAAUAUGCUUCCACCGUUCGGUAUGCGGGUAGACAAUUCAUUGGGCACAAGUUCACUAGGCAAUACUCUAUCGACCACAAUGUCGGCCAGUUCCCUAGCUAAUAUAGGAAAUAUGGCCGCUGGCGUUCCAAACUCGAUGGGGCUGGCAGCCAACUCAAUUGGGGGAGGGUUCAUGCUUCACAAUCAACAGUUGUUGCAAAAUCAACAGUUGCAGUCAGGUCUUGUAAAUGGAUUUGAUGGGCCACAGACAGCUAACGAGGGUAGAUACCUGGCAGAGAACAUGGACAAGUUCUUCACCGAUUUCCACAAGGCGCAGCAGCGGCGGUUACUGCUGUCACGGUCCGAGGAGUGUUACGUGGAGCCACAGCCACACCAACAGCACCAGCCGUCACCAUUGUCACAACCGCAACCCCUCUAUCACAAUAUGCUCAGUGCUGAACGGCUUGAGAUGGAACACAAACAGAGAAUGAACAACAUGCGAGUAGGGGAAGGCAUGGGCGUGAGUAUGGGAACGGGCUCGCGUGCCGCUGGCGACGGGGACGAUGAUCUUGAUUUUGACCCCUUCAAGGAGACACAGAAGGCCCUCGCGGAGCUCAUGGAGAACGAAAUGAUGCAGAAUACCGUCUCUAGCGGUGACAGUAUGGAUCGCGUGCGGCGUGCGGGCGGGCCAGGCGCGGCCGCCGCCAGAAUGGCGCCGCCCGGCUUCGGGCCCGUCAACAGCUUCGGCCAGCCGCCGCGCCACCAGCAACAUCAAGGUUACAAUUCAAAUAGCGCCAUGUUCUCAGACUGGACACAAAUGGACCCAGCGAUCAUGUCGACAUCAGUGAACUUCGGCAAGAACCUUCAGCAGCCACAGCAGAGCCUCAACGCGCAACAGCAGGAGCUAUUCGCCAAAUUCAACCAGCUGGGUGUGCAGCCCAACGGCGUGAACAAGCUGCCGGUACCGCUGCUGCAGCACCAGUGGCACAGUGUCGGCAGCCAGAAGCUGCCGCUGCAGUGGGGUGGCGUCGCGUACAACAACAUCCCCCUGCCCCCGGGCUUCGCCCCCGCAAAGCCCCCUCAGCACCCCGCCGAGUGCAUCGACGCCAAGUAAACGAGUGCAAUCUAAAGUUAAUACGUCUCAGACAGCGGAUAUUAUAUUUUCUAUUCAGUAAUAUUAUUGUUUCUUUCCGUUGGUGAUGUGAUCGAUAAAUCUUUGUAUUAAGAAGAGCAUAUUUUAACGAGAGAAAUAUGAUAACAAAGGAAUUUGUAAAAUAAAUUAACCUAUUUGUUUUAUUUAAAGAAAGUUUGAUUUUAUUCUUUCACGCACAGUCUCAGCUCGCUGUCCCCGUUUUGAUUUAUCAUAUUUCUUUGUAAAUUUAUCUAAUUUUUAUUUUCGUUUCACAACGCAUAUUAUAUGUAUAUUCGUUAUAUAUUAUAUAUUUAUUAGAAUCAUAUCCCUGUUAUGACAGAUUAUAUUUUCUAUAUUAAAACGAGAUGCCAAUAACUCGCUGUUCCAUUUGUACCUUAAUGAGCCAUUAAUCAUGAAGAUCAUUAAAUUAAAGCAAGAAUUA